UAUAAGGAAGUUUAAUAGAAGCUGACAGGCCGACACGUUUUUUUCCUCACGCUCCUGCUCUGCUGUGUAACUUUCUUUGUUUUCAUUUUAUCUGUCAUAGUCUGUCUUCUUCAGUCAAAAUAAAAUACGGAGUGAUCAUUAUUUUUAGAUUUGUCGUGUUUAUUGAACAACGUUUUAACACUUUAUUUCAAUUUCAAAAAUGGUUAUGCCAGAAAAGGUUUUAAUGCGUAAAAUUAAAAAAAGAGAAAAAAGGAAACUGCAACUUAUGAGCAAAAAAUAUAAUGCAAAUAAUGCAGAAUCUGAACCACAGAACGCCAAGAACCGACCACAUGAAAUCAAUGAAGACUGUGCAAAAACAGAUUAUAAAAAUUCGGAACCACAGGAAGCCAAGAAACGACCACAUGAAAUCAAUGAAGACAGUGCAAAAACAGAUACUAAAAAUUUGGAACCACAGGAAGCCAAGAAACGACCACAUGAAAUCAAUGAAGACAGUGCAAAAACAGAUACUAAAAAAAAACAUAAAAAGCAAAAGGCUGACGUCAAAAAAGAACCUGAGGUAAAAGAUGAAAAUGAAAAUGGUGAUUCACAAAAUGUUGAAGAAGCAGACUCGGACAAUAAAAUAGAAAUAAAGCCAAAUGAUGAAAGCCAAUUGCCUGGGUCCAGUUUAAGUCUCAGCAUUUCACAAGAAAAUAAAUUCUCCUCUUUGGAAGGCAAAGUGUGUGAGCGUACUCUCAGGGCCAUUAAAGACAUGGGCUUCACCACCAUGACAGAAAUCCAAGCCAAAGCGUUACCACCAUUGCUGAAGUGGCGAAAUCUCGUGGGAAUAGCUAAAACUGGCUCCGGGAAGACCCUGGCAUUUUUAAUUCCUGCAAUUGAAUUGGUUUAUCAGCUGGAGUUAAAGCGUAGAAAUGGAACUGGUGUUAUUAUUCUUACGCCGACAAGGGAAUUGGCAAUGCAGACAUAUGGAGUUUUGAUGGAACUGAUGAAGUAUCAUCGUCACACUUAUGGGAUGGUGAUGGGUGGAGCGAACAGAGAAAAAGAAGCUUGGAAGUUACUUCACGGAGUCAACAUUUUAGUAGCAACACCGGGUCGAUUGCUUGAUCACAUGCAAAACACACCAGGCUUCGUGCACAAACAUGCUUACGGCCUCAUCAUCGAUGAGGCAGACAGAAUGCUAGAGAUUGGUUAUGAAGAGGAAAUCAAGCAGAUCAUCAAACUACUGCCCAAAGAACGACAAAACAUUCUAUUCAGCGCCACUCUGACUAAGAAGACUGUAGCACUUAUUAAAGCCAUUGGAAAUUGCUCAUUUAUGCAUGUAGGCGUUGAGGACCAAAAACAAGCAACCGUGGAAACUUUGGAACAAGGGUUCCUUUUGUGCCCUUCAGAGAUGCGUAUGCUGGUCUUAUUUACAUUCCUAAAGAGGAACACAACGAAGAAAGUUAUGGUUUUCCUCUCAACUUGUUUGUCCGUGAUAUACCAUUACAAAUUGUUCAACUACAUCGACCUGCCUGUCAUGUAUAUACAUGGCAAACAAGAGCAAGCAGAGCGCACUACAACUUUCUUCCAGUUCUGCAAUGCAGAGUCCGGUAUACUUUUAUGUACGGACGUAGCGGCUAGAGGCCUAGACAUUCCAGCUGUAGAUUGGAUUAUACAAUAUGACCCACCUGAUGAUCCUAAGGAAUACAUUCACCGUGUGGGCAGAACAGCGAGGGGUCUCGGUACCAACGGGCACGCGUUGAUGUUCCUGCGGCGCGAGGAAUUGGGAUUCCUUUGGUAUCUGAAGCAGUGGAAGGUCACCCUAAAUCAAUAUGAAUACUCUCAGGACAAGGUGGCUGAUAUUCAGUUGCCGUUGGAAAAGUUAUUAUCAAGAAACUAUUACCUGAAACAAUGUGCCAAGGAUGCAUACAGGAGCUAUCUCAGGGCUUACGAUUCUCACAAAUUGAAGAAUAUAUUUGACAUCAAUAAGAUUGAUUUGGCUAAAGUAGCAAAAUCAUUUGGUUUUGCUUUCCCUCCCGCUGUAAAAUUAAACAUAACAAAGACGGCCCGCCUCCAAGCAGUUAAAGCCAAAGCAAGCCAGAGCAAUAAGGAGCAGAAAACUAAGAUAUACAGACAAAAAGGUGGUCAUAAACGCUUUAAUAAUUAAGUGACAAGUAAUAAUUAGAUAGGUUUUUUAAUAAAACUAAUUUAUAAUUU